AUGCUUUGCUGGUAGAAGGGAAUGACAUAUCGUGUGUCAGUACAAAAGUGGUUGUACCUGUUGUGUGUUUGUACAAGUGUGUAUUUCAUCUGCAUGUACAAACGUGAGCGAUCUGCUGGUGCAUGGUGGGCGUGUAUUUGUCGUCUGCCAUCUUAAGAGUAUCACACUGUUUUGAUUAACCUUGAAUCAUGGUGAGCUAAGGGACUACUUACUAACAACAUCGGCAAGUUUGCAUAAGAAAUCCAUUUGACGCCAGACGGGUAACUUCGGUGGUGAAACGUUAUUGGGGGAGGAGAAGACGUCGUAUUGAAGGCCUACCGUGGUACAUCACCAUGGUGACUGUAGGGGUGGAAGUGCAGUCUGUUCUCAACCAUCUUGCCUUCCUGGAGGAAGUAGACAAACAACAAGAGAUGAUCGAAGGGUCUUCUCUGCAAGGGGCAAUCGAGCGGUACAGUCGUUACUGGCUGCCUCUAGCGUCCAAACAUCCAGAGGAAGUUUUAGCAGCACCUUUGGACAUUGAAUGGGUAUGGCACUGCCAUAUGCUGGUUCCACUAACAUAUCAAGAAGACUGUAUUUCCAGGGUAGGUCAAGUUGUUCCUCACAAACACCUAGAUCCAACAGAAAGAAAGGAGAUCAUGGCUAAAACACAAGACUUAUGGGAUAAAGCAUAUCCUGGAGUACCGUUCCUUACUCAACCAAUGUCCACUAAUGCCGGACCGGCUGGUCAUCAUAUUUCAAGAGUCACUUCUGAUAUCGUUUCCACCUCUGCCAAACACAGGCAGUUCUAUUACCAAGUUUCUCUCCCACAUUAUAGAGACAAACAAUUCAUCUUGAAAAGUUUUGAAAGAUAUAAGAAAUUUAUUCACCUUCAGAAAAUGAAUCCAAGCGCUGUCCUUGCCCCUGCAGUCGACAUUGAUCUCAUUUGGCAAACUCAUCUUCUGGACCCUUUGGAUUAUAGAGUUGAUACUGAAAGGAUUCUGGGGCACCUCCUCGAUUAUGACAUCAGUAUAUAUGCCACACGAGACAUGACAGAAGUUUCAAAUGCUGAGAAACUUACAAGAACAUUAUGGGAGAAGGAGUUUGUUCUGGAGAAACUCGAUGCCACUGGUGCGGUGUACAGAGGGGAUCCGGCGAAAACACAGUUUACACAGUUAACCGAUGAAGAGACAGCCAGUAUGUCCUACACAUCAGCAACAAUUCGUAUAUCAACUUUGAAAUUAAACUGUAUUCCAAAACGGGCAAGAGCAGUUGAACUGGACUUUUCAUCCUAUUAUUCAAUGGACAGCUAUCAUUCCAAGGAAUGGUCCAAUAAGAAUGCAAUGGAAUGGACGGAUCCUGAUCUGGCAACGGAAGACGUGAGUCUUAAGCACUGUCGGCUGACAUUCAGCCUGACUGGAAUUCAAGGGAAAAGCUUUUUGAAGAAGGAAUUUAAAUUUCGUAUCGGGAAUGGGGUGUUUGACACCUCCAAAUACAUCCACGCAAUGACAGGAAACUCCACUUCAUUUGAGGAGACGGUGCCGCUCCUUCCCUCACCUGUACAGUUACUUAUCGCAGGGACAAUGUCAAAUCCACGCAAAGAUGUCAUAGCUUUUAAACUUGAACGGGAACUUUUUAAACCAGUAGAACAUCCAAACGACGAGAGGGAGGAAAUCUGGGGUCCAGUUCCACUGCCUGUACCAAAAGUGGCAGAUGCUCAUGAAACAUGCUAUAUGGCCACACACACAGUAGCCUUUAUCAGCGGAGAACCAGUGUUUACGUGCAAGGUAAUCCACUCAACUGAUGUGAUGAUGUCAGCAGUUUAUGUGUACUAUCGGGAGAAAUUGGUGACGUGUGCACAUCUGAUUGGUCCAGACCAACUGCCACAUCCAGACCAGGUUCGAACGGACAGUGCCGAGAAGAUACCUUGCUUGAACCCUCAAUCAGGUGAGCGGGCUGUGCUGAUCAAGAACAAUAGGGGUGACUGGGGGAUAGUCACUGGCAGCUGGACAGGAGUAGAUGAAAGAGCUCUCUCUGCUUCGAAAGGAGAGAAAAGACGUCGACGUAGACGUAAUGCUGUGCCAACGAGCCCGGGAAAACUGACGUAUCGCUGGUACAACAUUCCGAAAAAACGUUUGUCAUUUCACCAACUUGACUACAAAUCAGGUCUGAUGUUGAGGAUGGGCGAUGUCGUAUACGAUGACGGCCAUGUGAUGCUGUACGACGGUGAUGAAGUAGCUGAACAUCUCGCCCUGGUGCUCUCCGUCGGGCUCCUCGUCGCAAUGUGCCAGCCGAGACAGAGGGUUUGGGAUCCGGUCUGGAAAGAGGUCUUUACAACUCUUCUUGGGGAAGAAACGCCUUUAGUAGGAGCAGCGGGGGCUACUCAACCAUGUGCCUCAAACUUUUACAUCGUCAACACGCACAAGAAGAACAGAGCCUCGAGGGACGAGGCUCCGAGACAAUACCCGCAGAGGAGCAGGAGAGACAGCAAUGAGGAUAGGUACUUGGAUGAGUAUGAACACCCGUACAUAAUGGGCAUAGAUUCAUGCGCGAAGGACUGCUGUGGGAUGUAUGAGUUAGACGGGGAUGUGUACCAAGAUGAGAAAGACUAUGACGGUGGUGGUUGUGGUGGUGGUAGUGAUGGUGGUGGUGGUGGGUUCAGUGGGUAUAGCCAUCAUGGUAGAGGUGGGAGUGAUAGUGGAUCUAUUGGCGGUGAUUCUUGUGGUGGGGGAUAUUAUGGAGGCGGAGGCGGAGACGGCUCUUGUGGGGGUGGAGAUUCUCGACGACCCGUUGGUCAAAACGUGUCGCGUAUCCUCCAGGAUGUGGCAUGGGGGAGGUCAUGA